GAAGCAGAUCAAACACUUUGGGAUGCUGAGGCGUUGGGAUGACAGCCAGAAAUACCUCUCAGACAACCCUCACCUGGUGUGUGAGGAGACAGCAAACUACCUGGUCAUCUGGUGCAUCGACCUGGAGGUGGAAGAGAAACACGCGCUGAUGGAGCAGGUGGCCCACCAGACCAUCGUCAUGCAGUUCAUCCUGGAGCUGGCCAAGAGCCUCAAGGUCGAUCCCAGGGCUUGUUUCCGGCAGUUUUUCACCAAAAUUAAGGUAAAAAUCCCACCUGGGCACCCCCAAACCCCCCCCUCGAGGCUGAGGGUGCCCCGAUUU